AUGUUGGACAAGUCUGGUAUCCAGUUUGUUGGCACUACAAGCAAAGCCGGGGGGUUCAACAUAUGUCCGGAUUGCCGCUCUUCGUUGUUCAAGCGCAAAAUCCCGUGGCUGGCUCUUGCCAAUGAUCUGUAUCGUGGACCCUUGCCUGAGCAAUUCGCAGAUCUGACGUGGGUCAAGGAGAAGGUGUGCGCAUUGUAUUGCAUCAUGGCACAUGUCACCCACUUGUUCCAGUCUUUGGAUCCGACCCAGCCCAGGGUUUUUCAUGGCAACACUUGUGCUCAUGAGAUGAACACUAUGUUGACUGCGACCGUCCUCCCUCGCACUCCUACUGAUGUCAAUGGUUUUCUCAGUGUUGUGUUCAUCGGCCCCGAGAAGUUUGAUCCAAUGCGAAUGGGCACACUAUUUCGAGUGCGGAGACAGAAGAUUUGGACAUUUCUGAUCUGGUUGCGUUAUCACAACACCCUUUACGCCAAUAUUCCCCUGGACUCCUCUGUUAUGUCAUUAUACCCUGAGGAUGGUCCUAUCCCAGGUCUUGCUGAACAUGUUGUG